UGUUUUGUCCAAUUUGAUUGGAUACAAAUUAACUCAAAUUGUAUUUUUAAAAUACGUCUUCUGUAAAUCAGGUUGUAGGUGACCUGCAUUCAUGAAAUGAUAAGUUUAUUCCUAUCCCUAUUAGAACUAUUAGAAUUGUUGGAUUUCGAUUAGAUUUUAUACUGAUUGAUUGAAAUAAAAAAGAACCUAUGUAUGAAAAAUGUUUGUGUAAAAGUCUUUCACCUUCAGAGUGAAAUAAAUAUGUUAAUUCUAACAACACCAAAAGACUAUAAUUGUCUAUAUUUGUGUUUUUAUUAUUUAGUUACACAAAUACUUCUUUUGCAUUAUUGAACAUUUUAAACAAGGUCCGAUGCAUACAUUUUAGCAAUCAACUGUCAAAGAUCUAUUGAUAUGAUGAUGAUAUCCACUGAUAAACAAACAAACAAACAAAAAUAAAAAAAACUAUGUAUAUUUAGUGCCCUGCCUUAACUGAGAUUAGAGGAAAUAAUAAUUGUUGUAUAGGAAUAAGUGGAAGUAAUAGGUAAAGCAUGGACACGUGGCUGUUGUUUAUGUGCUGUAUAAUAAUAGUAACAAUAUUGUGGGUGUCCAUGUCAUUUAGUGAUUUGCCUGCAAUAGACUAAUCUAAAUAAUAUGUGCACUGGAUUCCCAUGAAAUUUCAAAGCUCAUUUCAUCAUUGACAACAGUGAGGAUCGCUUGGCUCCAAUGACCACAAUUAACAAUACCAAACAAUGGUCUUUUUUUAUUAUUAUUAUCAGCGUUCACUAUUUGGAGUCAAAGCAGUUUGUUAUUAGAGCAUGUUAAGAUUACUUGAUGAAUUCAUAGUGCUAGAUUACUUUACAAGAUGUUAGUUGUGACAUUUUGUAGCUUGUUUUUAAGUGUGUGCCAUUUAUGUAUUAAGAUCCACUUAUAUCCCUCAGUAAACAGUUUGGGUCACAGCUGACCACCCAGCUGUUAAAGGUUUGGAUCUAUGUUUAGGGAUAAGAUGUAAAUACUGUUUUAAUAGGUUGACCUCUAUAAACAUACACUGCCAUGUGAAUUUGCCCGCACCUACUCUAGGUAAUAAGAUCUCUUCAUGGUUUAUUCCUGCCGAAUUUAGAAUCGGCUAAUGAUUGGUGCGAUGGCCUCUGACGUCACCUCUUCAGGAAGUAAACAACAAUGGCUGUACGUUGUACGAACAAGUUACAUUAUUCGUAUUUAUUCCUAAAUAUAGCGUGUUUUGUUUUGUUUGGAAAGUCGACCGGCACUUUGACUUCAACUAAACCUGGACGUGAUGAAUUGAAGUAUUUCCCAAGUGUUUCAGACCCCACAGCUCCACCUCCAGUGGUCAGGAUACAUCCCGGCGUCGUGGCAUCUGUCGUAAUUGUCGCAAUUGCUGCAAUAGUGGCUGCAAUUUAUGUUAUUAGACAAUAUUGCUUCCCGCAAAGUGAUGCCACAUACAGAUACUCUGUGCUGAGACGGAUGGAGGAGCAGAGAGAAGAAGAAUCUGAUGAGGAUCUUUUGGAGUGAAACCAGGGGUGACAUGGAUUUUUUUUUUAUUUUUUUUUAUUUAUUUAAGAAUUCUUCAGGUUUUCUUCAGAAACAUUUUGUCCUUUUGAGCCUCAUCUUCUCUCUGUGCUUACUGUUAAUGGCAAAAUCAUUAUGGGUUUUUAAAGGUCACAUGGCGUUGGUAAACUUUGUAGCUGUGAAUGGUAAAAUGAUUUAUUAAGAGCUUCCUUUUGGAUUCCCAUUGAUCAAAUAAGUUAUUAUUAUUAUUAUUAUUAUUAUUAUUAUUAUUAUUAUUAUUAUUAUUAUUACUACUACUACUACUACUAUUACUUGUUACGGGAAAUUACAGCCCACUACUUUCAAUGUUCAGAAAUAAAAAUCUACAUGGCUUUGAUAAAUGGUCAAUAUGUUAUUGCAUAUAUUUAAAUAAUAAAUCUUAUAUUUUCUAAAUCUAAAUUAUGUGUCUAUAUUGAGGAGAUCCAUAAAAUCUAUUGAAGUUAAUAUUUAAAGCAGUCUUUGGCUGUACUCCUGCUAUACAGUAUAUCACAGAAUCGGCUUUAUCACACCUCAAUCUGUAUUAUCACUCAUUCUAAGGAAACAGCUGGAAGUUUAUUUAUUGUUAAUGUAUUAGUGUGUAGUAUAAUUACACGUUUGCAUUUUUUCUCUCUAUUUAUAUUAAGACCUGUGGGCAGUUGUCUUAUCACAUGGCUUCCAAUAGACUUUUGCACAUACUUUAGUUUUUGCAUUUUUUCCCCCCAGUUUUUUCUAAAUGUGAACACAGGAUAAAUACAUGUGUUUGGUCUACUGAUAUUAUUACUGAUAUUAUAUCUAUUAUUAAUUAAGAUUAUUAUUUUAAAUCAGUCUUGAGUUUUCUUAUAUUGUUCAAUAACUUAAAUAUGGUUCAUUCUGUUUUAUUUUUUGGUGCUGUAUUUGUUUUAUGAUGUUGACUGAGAAUGUGCUUGGAUUUCCUUGUAAUAAAACAUGUUUGAUUAUUGUGCUUUUGCAAUAAAUUAUAUGCCUUUAUAUGUAACUGAAACACUGAAAACAUUCAUGAUCUGAAAAUGUUUAUUCAGUGAUGGCUGGAAAUCCACCACACAGGAUUAAAGUUAUUUUAAAGCAUAUUGUUUAUUUAGUUUAUUCACUGUGCUGCAAUAAAAUAUUGUGUUUAUAUAGUGGGUGGUACAGUAGGGCAGCUGGUGUCGUUGCCAUCUGAUCAGAUUCAACGCUGAACUUGAGUCUGAGCUUUGCCUGCUCUCUCUGUUUCUCUGGAAAGCUUCGUCUGCUUUCCUCCCACCACCCGGAACAUGUCAGUAGGUGGAUAAGCUAAGAUAAAUUACCCCUAGGUUCGAAUGAGUGUGUGAAUCAGUAUAGGAUUUGUAUCCACGGUAACCCUGAUCAGCAUAAAACAAUUACUAAAAGUGAAUGAGAAUGUUUGUUUAUAUAGUAAAACUAAAAGUCAAAUAAUUAUUUAGCGGGAUGGCUGCAAAGAUGACAAUGGGAUGACAAAGACUAGAGAAAAAAUAAUAUUUGAGUUCAGGGUGUGUUAAUGUACCGUAGGUCGUGGUCUGAUUAUUUUUCCUUACCUAAACAGCUCCAUUCUGUACACUAUAGUUAAAAUAAUACUGAAGGUAGGCACGAUGAAUACAGGCAGGAUGAGACAUCAAGAGCUGUGCUUUGCUGUUACAUUUGUGAUCAUCAUUAUCUUAGUAUUGGAGUUCCUGUUUAAGGAGACAUCUCAGCAAGGGCAUGCAAAAUAUGGAACAGAAAGUUCUGCAUCAGAGUGUGUUUCUCCUGCUUUGUUUGAUCUAGAUUAUCCAGGUUGCUGUCCUUAUAGAGUAUGUCCUGCAGACCACUUCUCCUUCUUUCUUCGUAGUGGAGCAGCCAAUGCGGUUGGGCCAAAGAUCUGUUUUAACAACAGGGUUAUUAUGUCAGGAGGACAAAACAAUGUUGGAUGGGGUAUAAACAUUGUGAUAGUGGAUGGCAAAACUGGGAGCAUAUUGCAGAGUGACUUCUUUGAGCUCUAUUCUGAAGGAUUGCAUAACGUUCUAAAGACGAUGCAAAAAGGAAAUAUAGUUUUAGUAGCCUCAUUUGCAGACCCUUCUAUACAGUUGACUGAUGAAGUCAGAGAGAUAUUUGCUGGCAUGGGUAGCAGUCUGGUCUACUCUGUGAAGUACCGGGACAGCUGGGUGUUUGCAGGCGCAGAUGGACUUAAUAAAGAGAGUCCUUUUGAGAAGCUCAUCGUGAAUGAUCAGAAGACGAAUGCAUAUGGAGAUUGGCCAGAGAAGGGGGAGCUUGGUGGCUGCUUUCCCAGAAAGGUUUGAUCAGCACUAAAUGAGCCUGCUGCACCGGCCACCUGGAGACCAUUAAAAUACAGAACACUGCAACUGAAGGACGUAAAUCAUAACAUUUUGAACUGUUUCAGAAUAUUCACAUAUGGAUGCUUAGAGGUAUUACCCAUAUAUUGGCCUUAAUUUGAAUCAGAAGUAAAUCCUAUCCAAUACACACCCACACAUCGGUAACAGAAUUCUUGUAUUUUUUGUAUUAUAAAGCAGCUGUUUAAAUAUGAUCAUAUCUUAUUAUAUUGUUUAAUUAGGUUUUUGUCCCCACUGGCAUGAAGGCAUGUUUCAGUAACUGUUUCAGUAACUGUUUUUGGCCUCUGUUGUCCUUGGGGUGUGUUUUUUUCCUGUGCACAGCAAGUAUAAACUAAAUCCCUAAAUACCCAGACGCGUCUCGGAGGUAGCGGUGUGUGUUAUAGCCAACAUGAAAAUAAGGUAGGAAUUUUUGACUCUGGGAUUGUUCUCCCUGUGCUUCAGGGUUUUCUCUGGUUUUCUCCGCUUUCCUCCCCCAGUCCGUUGUAGGUUGAUUGGCAUCUCUGAACUGUCUGUUGUGUGUGUGUGUGUGCAAUGGGCAGGCAUGGCAUCUUGUGUCCAGAGUCCCCAGGGAUAGAUUACAGGCGCCCAGCAACUCUGUGUGGGAUAAGCGCUUCGGUGGAUAGAUGGAUGGAUGCGUGGGUGGAUGGAAUUUUUCUCAUUUAUAUAUUAACUAGGUGUAGGAGUUACAUCCAAGAACUAAUUUAAUAUUUUAUACUUCUGCUCAUAAUUUUAAUAUUCACCUUUCAGUACAAACUUUAAGUGAAAACUUUGAGUACAGAAGACUAAACAAUGUGUCUAUAAGAACCAUGCAUCAAAUAAAUUAUUUCUGUUCCACAUAAUUAUCAUUUCAGCAAAAAACAUUUGCAGGAUAUAAAUAACUGUGCUUUACAGAUUGCCCUAUUGCUACAAACACAGGUUAUAUCAGGUUGUCUUAUAGUUUUACUUCUUGUGAAUUUCUGCUGUGGCUUAUUUCUCGCCUGUAACAUACUGUGCCUUAACAUUUCUUACUUUAAAGACAGUUUUGCUUCCUGCUCUGCAACAAGAGAAUUGUAGGAAUGCCAACACUUCUGUAAAAAAAAAAAAAAAUUGAUGGAGAGAUUGUACUGUAUGCCUGUGUAAGUAAUGAGGUGGCUGACAGCCAGCUGGUUCCGCAAGUCUGUUAGGCCAGUUUGAUUCAACUAGAAUGAUGCAUACACACACCCACACACACUUACUCUCUCACUCACUCACUCCCUCCUUCACUACCUCUCCGUGCUUUCUUUCAGCACACUUGGAUACCAUCCUCUUCAUCACUUUCUUUUACUUUUAUAUUUGAAAAUGUCAUAUUUCAGAAAUGGCUGAAGAGGCGAAUACAUAACAACAUUACAUUAAUGUCAUUUGCAUUAAUGUAAUGUGAGAUACUUAUUGUGAGAAAAGCUUCCAUUAUGAAAAGAAAAUGAUCUGGAGAUAACCACCACUUGGAUAUAAACAUUUACUGCAUCACGGAUUAAGCCUGUGGCAAUUCACAAAUUUAUGUAAAAAAAUUUCUGAAACUUUUCUCAAAUCCAUUAGAGAAGUUAGAGCGAUGCUAGUGUUUCUAUUCUCUGUUCAAUAUGUUGUCCACGAGCGUUCAGGAUGUGCUCAACCUGUUAUCAGUCCAGGAGCUGCAACUAAUUUGUUUUAAAUAUAAGAAUAUUCAUGAAUAUUAGAGUGGACAGGAAUCGGCUUUGUGCGCUAGUCUCUUUGCUGUCAAAAAUAGAAAGUAUAUUGUGGAGGUUUCAAUUAAAUGGUACAAUGAAAUCACUUAAAUUCAGAUUUCUGAUUUAAGCUCUGAUCUGUUGUGAGAUAGAGGGGAACAUUUGGACCAGAACCACCUGCUGUUGCAGCAGACAUAUGAGGGCUAUUAUGAAGAGCUCAUUAAGCUGAAAAACUUGCAUAAAGGCCUCCAGGAGCCACUUGGAGUUCCCCCUGGGAGCUGCUCAUCAUUCACAUAAGGGUGCCAAACCCAGCCUAAAUAUGCAAAACACUCCCAAAAAUACCGCUGAUCAGUAACCCUGUUCAGUAAUGGUGCUGAUUUUUAAUACUCUGUGCUGUAGGAUGAAAUUUCAAAAGUGGGUGGGUCAAUUACUUUUUAAGUACAGUUGCUGUACAGUUGUUAAACAUACUUGUUGCAACAUGUUCACUAUGUGGAUCUGAAUAAAAGAUAGGGUCAUUUUUCAAAGAGCACUGCUGAUAUUUAACAAUAAUACUUUCUUUGAUUAAUCAUUUUUCCCAAUCAUAAUUCCCUGAAAUAAACCUGUGAUAAGAUUUUCUAUUGCAUCAUAAAUCAAUUUAUUGUCAGAAAUGAGAGACACAAGCAUGUCAAAUAAAAGCAACUCUUUAUGAUCUACGGUCAAAGGAAACUCUUGAAACGUGUUGAAAAAUAGAUUCUUUAAUACUUUAUAUUAGAACUUUAAUAUUUCUUCUAUCAGUUUAAACUUUCUUCAGACAACCAACAGAUCUCACUAAAGUUAUUGCUUUAUAAAAAGCUAGAAAACAUCUCUCAUCAGAGUCGGAUUAUGGGAAGUCUUCUCAAUAGAGGACAGUAGUGAGAGUGUAGGUACAGUAUCUCUUUACCCAGCAUCCGUACUUCACCUCGCAAAUGCUGUUGUGGCUAAAUAGGCACAGAUCUUCACAGACACCUUUUAAAAUCUAAUAGAAAUCUUCCCAUGAGAGAAAAAAAAUUGUCAUUUAAAUACAAGGUUUUCUUAAAUGGAACUGUGACAAAUAAUGAAGUACAUAGUUCAUGUUUGUAGCAGAUUGUAUUAAAACUGAUUCUAUUUGUUAAAAGAAAAACAUUGUUGAAGUUUUUGAGCACCUAAAGAGGACGGUGUGGAAUAUGGUGUGGAAUAAGCACAACCCGGCCAAGAAAGAAUAUUCUCCAUGUAUUACAAUAAAUUCAUUCUUGUCUUCCUUCUUGCUUAAUCCCAUUCUGGGUGCUUUUUUUUUUUAGCUGCACUCUUUAUGUGCUCAGUGUUGAACCCAUACAUUUUGGUCCAACGUUAGCUUUCUCUUUCAUCAUGUCCGUAAAACAUACAGAUUUGCCAAAGUUUUCUUAAAUUGAUUUUAGCAAUUUUACUGCAAGUCUAAAAAAAAUCUUCAGAUGGCUCUCUUACCUAUUAUCACACUUGCAUUUGAUAGGUGAGAUUGCUGGUGAUACCGCAGAAUAAUUUAACUACUGUAGCUGGCUGGCUGGCUGGCAGCAUUUCACCUUUAGCUGCUCAAAAUGUACUGUAUAUAUCAGAGUAUCAGUUUUUAUGUGAAAAUGUAUGUAUGAAAAUUUUAGAUUCAUAUUUAUUAAAUAUAAAAUGGACAUAAAA